AUGGCAUCUCAAGGAAUCCCUUUGGGACUUCUAUUAUGGCAAAAGAUCCGUGGCCUCAAUAUUCGAAGUAUCAUGGGCGUUCCCGGUGAUAUGAAUCUUGAGUUACUUGACUACAUUGAUGCAGUUGAAGACUUGACUUGGAUUGGCAAUGCAAACGAACUCAAUGCCGCUUACGCGGCGGACGCAUAUUGUAGAGUGAGCGGAUCUCCAGGAGUUGUGGUCACAACCAUGGGGGUUGGAGAAUUGAGCGCUCUUAAUGGCAUUGCCGGGGCAUACACAGAACAAGUUAAAGUAAUACACAUUGUUGGAACCACCCCAAUUGCGGCUCAUGAGGAGCGCCUCAUGAUCCACCACUGCUUGGGACCAUCUCCUGAUCACAAGGUCUACGAGAAGACAUCACAGCACGUCCGAGCAGCGCAUUGUUGGUUGACCAAUCCCGCAAUCGCGGCGCGUGAAAUCGAUAGAGUCGUGUAUGAAUGCAUAGCCCAGUCACUGCCGGUGUACAUAUUUGUCCCUGCGGAUAUGGUUCAUCGUCUGGUUCCUGCUCCGACACUGUCUCGAAUCGAUCUGGCACCUCUGACGGACGAAAUCAACAAAGCAUCUGCCAUUGCUGCUACCCUAUCCCUGCUCUACAAAGCGAAGACCCCGACAGUCAUUGUCGAUGCGUUGACCGCGCGCCAUUCGGGAAAGAACGUUACUCGUAAACUGGUAGAUGUCCUGCGGUUCCCUACAUUUUCGACGUCGAUGGGUAAAAGCAUCAUCGAUGAGACCAAGCCCUAUUUCUGCGGAAUCUAUAAUGGACAAGUCUCCAUUCCGGGCGUGUGUGAAGUGAUCGAGCAACAGAGCGAUCUCGUGUUCGACCUCGGGCCAAUUUUGUCAGACUCCAAUACAGGAGGCCACACUCGCAACAUAGCAGAACAAAAGAUAAUCGCCAUUCACCCACACCAUGUUGUCGUCGGCGGUGUUGUGCAUCGAAAUAUUGGGCUUGUGUCGUUUUUGUCGACUCUCCUGGAGACGAUUGAUAAGUCGAAACUCCCGCGGCCUGUCCUACCUGGGAGAGUACCGAUGUCUCCAGCCAAAGACGCAGACGCAGAAAUCAUUACACAAUCUUGGAUUUGGACGCGCUUCGGGGAAUUCUGUCGGCCAGGGGAUAUUCUCAUCGCAGAAUCGGGCACGGCCCAAUUUGGCCUCCCCGACGCCUAUCUACCCAAAGACGUGACAUAUCUGACGCAAGUGUACUACGGGAGUAUCGGGUACACUGUUCCAGCUUGCUUAGGGGCCGCUGUUGCCAUCUGCGAGCAAGGCGGCCAGGGAAGAGUGAUUCUCGUGGUCGGCGACGGGAGCCUACAGCUAACGGUGCAGGAAAUCGGAACUAUGGUGAGAUUAGGAUUGAAGAACAUCAUUAUCGUGGUUAUCAACAACAACGGAUAUACAAUUGAGAGGGCGAUCCACGGACCGGAACAAGCAUACAAUGAUAUAUCUACCUGGAAUCACUCUGCCAUGCUCGAUUUCUUCGGAGCCAAAAAUGGUCGAGCUUGCUCUCGGAAGGUCCGUACCAAAAAGGAAUUUGACGAGGUCGUCAGCUUGCCUGAGUAUCAAAGCCCAAGUUCUAUCCAGGUCCUGGAGGUUUUCAUGGAAAAGAUGGAUUUGCCGUGGAGGCUGCGGAUGCAGGUUGAAAUCAUCAACAAACGGAAUGUGCAGGCCAGGAAGAACGAGCAGGCUCUGCUGUUUCCAAGCUAG